CAAGACAGCUGUCUGUUUUGUUUUUGUCAAACAUUCAGGGGAAUCUUAGUUGUUUACGUGCAGCUAUUGUAAUGGGGGGAAGGAGCCGCGCUAGAUGGAGCGUGUGAAGGACACAGCGCGCGGACUGUCCAACGUCUCUUUGUGUCUUUAAGGUGUUUAUGUGGCCGAACUGUCGGGAGGUUCAGGAAUCAGUCUGGUAUCUCCACUAAACAUGGACCUCCACUGAUGGAUUGAGAUUCCUCGGAGCUCCAGAUCAGCUGAUGUAGCCAGCGCUUGAACGAAUGAAUGAAAGAGUCUGUCACUCCACCUUCGCCAAAAGGACUCCAUGUCUUUCUUGGACUGUUCCUGUAUAUCCCACGCUCAGGUCCAGCCCAUGGACAUAGAGGACCGCUAUGAAGACACCAGCCACCAGUUUCUGAGCUUUGACAGUUCUGAAUACACCCUGCAAGGCCCGGCCGGCGGCGAUGACAUCACAGGGCUGUCACCCGAGCCGGCACAUUACCAGCUGCUGUUCGAGCUUGGUAAAGGAUUUAAUAACCUGAGCCGGGUGAGCAUGGCGCGCCACAUCCCCACCGGCCAGCUGGUGGCCGUCAAGCAGACCAACCUGGACGAGUGCACCGAGGAGGAACUGCUGCAGCUCAUGAGUGAGAUUCUUCUAGCCCGACUCUUCCGCCAUCCAAAUCUGCUGACUUCUCGCCUGGUCUUCAGCUCCUCCAGCCAGCUGUGGGUGCUGACGCCUCUUAUGGCCUACGGUUCUGCAGACGCCUUACUCAGAACGUAUUUCCCGGAUGGGAUGAGUGAAUCCCUAAUAGCCUAUUUGCUGUACGGUGUCCUCAAAGCACUGGAGUAUCUGCAUCGGAUGGGCUACGUUCACCGGGGGGUGAAGGCCAGUCAUAUCCUGCUCUCGGAGGAAGGGCGAGUCUACCUUUCAGGCCUUCACAGUAUUUACAGCAUGAUGCGUGACGGAAAGAGGGUGAGGGCGGUGUUCGACAUGCCUCACCACAGCCCGGCGCUGCUGCCGUGGCUGAGCCCGGAACUGUUACGACAGGACCUGCAUGGAUACGGCGUGAAGUCGGACAUCUACAGUUUGGGUAUCGUAGCCUGUGAGUUGGUCAGUGGCAGGGUGCCGUUCCAGGAUAUGCCUCCCACUCAGAUGCUGCUUCAGAAGCUACGCGGCUCCCACUGCUGCCUGCUGGAUGUGGCUCCUUUCCCGCUGGGAGAGAUGGGCGGCUUGAAGGUGUCUCGCUCCGGGGUGGACUCCGGGAUCGGGGAGAGCGUCGCCACCGGGAGCCUCACUCACAGCGCCACGGCUCCUCCCACCGACCGACCUCAGAGCCCCGCACCCAAAAACCACUCUGCUACCCUGCACAGCCUGGUUCAGCUGUGUCUGCAGCAGCAGCCGGAGCGCAGACCGUCCGCUUCGGAACUGUUGAGCCAUGCCUUCUUCAAGCAGGUGAAGAGGCACACCAGAGACUCUUUCCUCAGCUUGAUGUACCCAGCAGUGCCCCUCUCAAGCCCUGAGGACCAUCCAGUCUCCACCUCACCAGGCUCCCUACAUCACGCCCCGUCCUCAGUCGCCGCCGACGCCACAGACGCUGCGUGGGACUUUUCUGACUAGCCGUCCAAAUGCAAGACAAUCAAAGAUAAGCGAGGCCAUGCUCUACUGUGCUUUUACUUUAACUUUAUUUGUAUUAUUAAUAUUAAUCCAACAGUCUGAGCCUUUUUUUUUUUACAUUAUUUUAUAGUUAUUUUUAUCUUUUUUUUUUUUCCUGAUGGGUAAAUUUUGGGAUGAGCCAACUGUGAAAGUGCCGGAUUAAAAAAGCUGCUCUAAUACACAGAUCUCUGGUAAUAAUGAUUUCUUGUGAGCCAAAAACCUGUCAAGGCACUAAUGAAUCCGACUCUUUAAAGGAAAAGUUCACCAUUGAACUCUUGUGGAUACAAAGUAACAGGAAAAGGUACUUAAUAGUGAUUUUCUUUCCACACCAUCAGAGUCGGCCUUCUAAAACCCUUUCUGCUGUAUGUUUGAAGAAAUAUGUACAUGCUGAUCUUGUGGGUAUCUUUACAAAAUGCCGUCGUGCUGAAGGGGGGGAGGGCUAAGUGUGCUCUAAAAAGACACACGUGCAAUAAAUGUGCUGUAUCUAGUGCGAUUCUAGUGUAGCAUUUAGGAAUCUUUAGUCUUCCCCAUCCUGAUUUACAUCCAGUGUUCCUACUGUGCUCUUCAACCACUUAUCCAGCAAUGCCUUUUGUUUUAUAUAGAAUCUGGUGAAAUCUUUAUAACUGUGAUUAAGUGUACUGUGUAGGAGAACUGUGAGUUACAGUGCAUAUCAAACAUGAUAGCUGUAUAAGCCUUAUUUCUAUUAUUAAUGGUACAAUAUCUAUAUAAAUAUGUUUUUAUUCCCAAGCUUUCUCUUUUGAGUGUUUCUUUUUUAGGUUACCUCGAAGUGUGCAGCUGUUUGUUAGAACUGAUCUAUGUUUUAUGCGAUAUAUGGAAAGAUAUUUUUUAUUAAAGAUUAAUAUUCUUACUUUCAUCCACUUAUACUGCACUCCCCUCAAAAUGUCCAUCUGCAGAAGGCAGCAAAGCAGGAAGUAACACAAUAAUUGAUCAGAAUACAUAUUCUGAAAGAAAAAUUAAGUUUUACAUUCUGUAUUUGCUACUCUUUCCACAGGAUUGGAUAAUUCAGCUGAGUGAUGCACCGUGAUUUUUGGUAGUUAUGCAAUCUGUGGUAACUACUGUAUAUCUGUCAUGAUUUAGUUUGAAAACGGUCACAUUUUAAACACUAUUGUAAUGUAUGAAUUGUAGCCUUUUUAAUACUUAAAAAUAAAAGUGUGAUUUUAAAUUUCA